CCUUCAUCUUUGGAUAACGUUGUCAGACUUUUCUUGUGCCACAGGCCUAAAGCGGAAGUUGUAAUGUAACCCUCUCUCUGACUGGGUUUGGAUUUGUUCUUGGAAAAAGCGAGCCAGCCUAUACACCAAGUAGGGGGGUUGAAAACUUGGGAAAACCCUGUUUUUUUUCUUGGACUUGCUGACGCGUCCAAGCGGCUACGUGCUGUGCGCCGCGGAUUGAUACCCUCGCAGCUUAAACCAUGUUACUUCACUUUCUAGUUUUAGGGGCCUUGGUUUUCCAGGCUGAAUGUUACUUUUCGGAGGAAAAGUAUCCGGAGGAGUCGAAAAUGCAGCCUCCUACGGUUGUUGUCGCUAUCAUAGCCAGAAACACCGCUCACUCCCUGCCGUACUACCUCGGAGCUCUGGAGAGACUCAACUACCCCAAAGAUCGCAUCUCUGUGUGGGCAGCCACGGAUCACAACACAGAUAACACCACAGCCAUACUGAAAGAGUGGCUUACUGUCAUGCAGAAAUUCUACCAUUAUGUUGAGUGGAGACCAAUGGACCAGCCCACGUCUUAUGCAGGAGAGUUGGGUCCUAAGCAUUGGCCCAACAGCAGAUAUGAGUAUGUGAUGAAGCUGAAGCAGGCAGCACUCAACUUCGCCAGGAAACGCUGGGCCGAUUACAUCCUGUAUGCUGACACAGACAACAUCCUCACCAACCCAGACACCCUCAACCUGCUGAUAGCAGAGAACAAGUCAGUCAUCGCUCCCAUGCUAGACUCUCAGGGAGCGUAUUCCAACUACUGGUGCGGUAUCACUCCGCAGGGAUAUUACCGUCGAACAGCAGAGUAUUUCCCCACCCGUCACCGCCACAGACUGGGCUGCUUCCCUGUGCCCAUGGUCCACUCCACCAUGCUGCUGGAUUUAAGGAAGGAGGGCAUGAAGAAACUGGCCUUCUUCCCUCCACACGAGGACUACUCGUGGCCCUACGACGACAUCAUUGUGUUCGCCUUCUCCUGCCGGGCUGCAGAGAUACAGAUGUACCUGUGUAACAAGGAGCGCUAUGGCUACCUGAACGUGCCGGCCAAACCUCACCACACCUUGGAAGACGAUCGCCUCAACUUUGUCCAUGUCCAUCUUGAGUCCAUGAUUGAUGGUCCUCCAAUGCACCACUCACGCUACAUCCAUAUGUUCCCCAAACAGAGAGACCUCAUGGGCUUUGAUGAGAUAUAUCUGAUUAAUCUGCGACGCCGUUCUGACCGUAGAGACCGGAUGCUGUUCUCUCUGAAUGAGCUGGAGGUUGACGUCAAGGUGGUGGACGCUGUGGAUGGAAAUGCACUGAACAGCAGUGACAUUAAGAUCCUGGGUGUCGACCUGCUGCCAGGCUACUAUGACCCGUUCUCUGGACGCACCCUGACCAAAGGAGAGGUGGGCUGCUUCCUCAGCCACUACUUCAUCUGGAAGGAGAUGGUGGACAUGCAGAUGGAUAAGGCGCUGAUCUUUGAAGACGACGUUCGUUUCCAGGCCAACUUCAAACGGCGGGUCCUCAGACUGAUGGAGGAGGUGGAGCAGGUGGAGCUGGACUGGGAUAUCAUAUACUUCGGCAGGAAGCAGGUGAAUCCUGGAAAGGAGGAGGCGGUGGAGAACGUUCGCAACUUGGUAAUGGCCGACUACUCGUACUGGACUCUGUCCUAUGCCAUCUCCCUGCAGGGAGCCCAAAAACUGCUCAACGCUGAGCCACUGUCCAAGAUGCUGCCUGUUGAUGAAUUCCUCCCUAUCAUGUAUGACAAACAUCCCAAUGAGGACUACAAGUCCCAUUUCCCCAACAGAAACUUACAAGCCUACAGUACACGCCCCCUUCUGGUCCAGCCGUGUCACUACGCCGGUGAUGCCCAGUGGGUGAGCGACACGGAGACGUCGACUCUGUGGGACGAUGACUCUGUACGCACCGAUUGGAGGGGUUCCCACAAGACCCUGAAAGGGGCCGCGCCUCCACCCGACAUGCUGUCAGCUGCCUACAGGGAUGAACUUUAGUGUAGAGCUGUGGAGAACCUGCAGGUCAAAAGGCCAUGAGUUCAAAAAGACAGACGCUGAGAGGAGAAAGUGUUCUCAGAUGUAAUUUCAGUCAUGCCACUGACAUGCUCAGUGUCAUUUAAACAGUACUUUGUUUUUUUUUUCAAAGCAUGUUAGCAAGUGUAUAGUACAAGACAAUUUUUGGGGGGGAAACAAUAUAAGGGACAGUGUUAAUUGAGGCUGUUUGUAAAGUAAAACAAUGGGUGUUUUAUUACUUGUACAGAUGUAUUAGCACAACUGAUUUUCUUGAGAACAAUCCAUCCUUUAGAUAUUUUUAUUUACUUUAUUCAGACAUUUUUAAUAUUGUGAGAGUUUAUACAGUUUGUGUGCCUGAUGUCAAGAGCAUUUUGUUUGAAUGUAUGCUUGUGCUGGUGUGUGAUGAUUGCAUGUUUCUAAUGCUAUUUAGACAGCUUUUAAAAGGAAACCGGAGAGGCGGCUUUACAAGGACUUUUGUUAUUCUGUUGAGUACUGACUGAGGCUCCAGUAGCUGCACUGUUUACAACUCCUGGUAAGUCCGGACAAAAGUCUGAUAUAAUUAUUGCUAUGCUAUUAUUUCUUUGUUUUGGUAUAUGUGUCUGUCUAUCCAUUUUUUGUCCAUGUCUUCCAUCGGGACUGUUAACGGAUACAAUUGUAUUGUAUUGUAACACAAAACUGACCCUAGUUAAUAUUUCCUUUGGCUGCAUUAAUAAUUUUAAAGCUGAUGUACCUCAUGGUUUCUAGGGACAGUAUAAGACUUUUUCAGUGGUACCAGAUUGUAUUCAGGAAGUACUUCAUUAGUGAAACUAACACAUUGAAUGUUUGCAUUUGUAUAAUUUAAGCUUUUUUGACUCAAUAGACUACCUUCUACUCUAUGGCUGCGUUUUAAUAGUUUCUACAUUUCACACUGAGCCACAGAAAUUGGAUUUCAAGGUCAGAUUUUGUAUAAUAUUUACUAAGCACUCCCAGUUCUGCUGCGAUUAGGUCAUCUCUUCCACUCUGGCUUUUUAAUUUUAUGUUUUCGGAAGUAUCAAACUGUGUUUAUAUAGACUUAGAAAUGAUAUAAUAUAAUCCAUUAUUCUUGAAAUAAAAGCACACAAUAUUUGGACUUAGACGUAUCUGACAUUACUCUAAAGUAUUGUAAAACGCAGUUAACAAAACCUUAAAAAUGUUUCAUAUCAUCUCAGCUUAACAGUAACCAGAAACAAAGUGGUUUCAGGCUGUUUGAAUUGACAGUACAUAUGCUUGGCACUAUGUUACUGUACAAUUACUUGAAAAAUCAGUUGACACAUUUAAUGUUUUAUCAUAUAUGGUGACUAAUUUAAACAUGCUCCCUUGAAAUAAACAAGUAAUUUUGGGAGUGCUCAAAUAUCUGUAUAAAAUCAGUGCAUCAUAGUCCAUCUGGUGGACAGUUCUCCCCAAAAAUCAAAAAUACAUAUUUUUCCUCUUACCUGUAGUGCUGUUUAUCCAUCUAGAUUGUUUUGGUGUGAGUUGCAGAGUUUUGGAGAUGUCGGCCGCAGAGAUAUCUGCCUUCUCUCGAAUAUAAUGGAAUUGGAUGGCACUCGGCUUGUGGUGCUCAAAGCACCAAAAAUAUACAUUUGAAAAACUCAACAGCAAUGUCUCUUUCCAGAAAUCAUUCCCCGGUUACUCAAGAUAAUCCACAGACUUUGUUGUGAGCAGUUUCAUGUAGGGACUAUCGGUAGAAAUAAAAUACUUCCUAUUUGCUGCUACUUUUGAGAACAACCAGCUACUUUCCUGUGCUACAUCUUAUGUUAAAAAAUGUCCCCAUAUGUGUAGUAGAUGUCUGUAAAAGCCAUAUUAAAACACAGCCUUUAAUAACCUUUUUUGUAACAUUACUGGGAUCCUUAAAUCUAGGAAUGUGUUGACACUUCUCUGCACAGGGUUGCAGUGCAAGUAACUGAUGUUGUAAUUCUGAUGUCCCUCAUGGAUUUAGAUUACGAUGACCACGUUACACUAAACUUAUAUUACAUUCAUCUGUCUUCAGAAGUAUUUAUGAUGGUCUGAGUUCAUGUAUUCAUUUUCUAUUUGUUAUUAUGAGUGUUGCUUUUCCUUCGUAUGUCUUAAUUUAUUUGUCGAUUCUUUCUUGUUGUGGUUGAUGGAUGAGACACACAAAAUUAUGUAAAGCAAGCAAUCAAAGUGCAAUGGCUUUUCUGCCAAAAUCCUCUCUUUCAAAUGUCUUUGAGAAAUACAUUUGUAUUCAGAUGUUAUAAAACAUGAUGUUAGGAAAACUGUAUAGCACACUGUUUUUACACUUUUUUUUAUUGACUGAAUGAGAUUAUGCAUUUUGUUAGUUAAUAAACCAAACUUUCUGUGGACAGAGAA